AUGGCACCUACUCAUAAACCUCUUGAUAAGUCGACCACCUUUGAGGCCAUGCUUUCGACCAACCCUCCCGUCGGGCCUGUUGUGCUUCUCAACAUCAUUUCGAUCCCCCACGGAGCCAACAAGGAGUCAUUCCUAGAGACUUGGCGUCGUACUGGCGAGGUUCUCAAGAAGGCCCCUGGUUAUAUUUCGACCCAACUCCAUCAUGCUAUUGGAGACGGUAACUUUAUCGUUAAUUACGCCGUGUGGGAGAACAAUGAGUAUCUGAAGAACGGUUUGGCAUUGCCUGAAUUUAAAAAAGUCUGCGAAGACUUUCCAGAUGGUACCGAGUUUCGUGCAGCCGUCUUACAGAAGGCAGCGAUUGACGGCCAAUGA